GGUAGCGCGUGUGAUCAAUACAAUUUCGGUAAAAUGCCUUUAAAUCUAGUACACAUUCUCAUUCAUCGAGGAACCGGAGCUGAGUAAAUCGGAGCCGGAGGAAUAUCUCUUUAGUGUAGUCACUAGUCAAUGUAGUACUGCAGCAGAGAAGAGUCCUGACUGCAGUGACCGUGGUGACGUGAUGUAGUGAUAUCCGACGGAUCAACCGCCCUAACGUGAGAAUAUGGCGGGCUCCAUAGAGAUACCACUCCGUGACACGGAUGAGGUCAUAGAACUUUAUUUGGAUCAAUUACCAGAUGGAGAUGAAGUUCUGGGGAUUCUGCGGCAGGAACAUGCCCAACUCAGCAUCUGGGUCAAUUUGGCCCUUGAGUAUUAUAAGCAGCAGAAGAUCGAAGAUUUCAUUAAGAUACUCGAAUCUUCUCGUAUUGAUGCAAAUAUUGAUUUUCGCGACUAUGAAAAGGAUCAGAUGCGAGCACUCGACAUGUUGGCUGCCUAUUACGUCCAGGAAGCCAACAAGGAAAAGAACAAGGACAAGAAGAGAGAUCUUUUCACAAAAGCCACGUUAUUGUAUACAACAGCUGACAAGAUUAUCAUGUACGAUCAGAACCAUUUGCUCGGCCGAGCUUACUUCUGCCUGCUCGAAGGCGAUAAGAUGGAGCAGGCUGACGCGCAGUUUAAUUUUGUGCUGAAUCAGUCGCCGAACAAUAUACCUUCUCUGCUCGGCAAAGCUUGCAUCGCUUUCAACAAAAAGGACUACAGAGGUGCUCUCGCGUUCUACAAGAAGGCCCUCAGAACCAAUCCAAACUGUCCGGCCGCCGUCAGACUGGGCAUGGGGCAUUGUUUCAUGAAGUUGAAUAAUCAGGAGAAGGCGCGACUUGCGUUCGAGAGAGCUCUGCAGCUGGAUGGACAGUGCGUUGGCGCGCUGGUGGGACUCUCGGUCUUAAAACUGAAUCAGCAGCAGCCCGACAGUAUACGGACCGGCGUGCAAAUGCUAUCGAAGGCGUACACGAUCGAUUCGACGAAUCCGAUGGUGCUGAAUCACUUGGCGAAUCACUUCUUCUUCAAAAAAGAUUACAACAAGGUUCAACAUUUGGCGCUGCACGCGUUUCACAACACGGAGAACGAAGCCAUGCGGGCAGAAAGCUGCUAUCAACUAGCCAGAGCAUUUCACGUCCAAGGCGAUUACGAUCAAGCCUUUCAAUAUUACUAUCAGGCGACGCAGUUCGCUCCGCCUGUAUUUGUACUGCCGCAUUUUGGCUUGGGACAAAUGUACGUCUAUCGCGGUGACGCGGAAAAUGCAGCCCAGUGCUUCGAGAAGGUCUUGAAAGCGCAACCAGGAAAUUACGAAACCAUGAAGAUUCUCGGCUCGCUCUACGCUAACUCGAGCUCCCAGUCGAAACGCGACAUUGCGAAAAAUCACUUGCGUAAAGUAACGGAGCAGUUUCCCGACGACGUCGAAGCCUGGAUCGAAUUGGCACAGAUAUUGGAGCAGAGCGAUUUGAACGCCGCCUUGAAUGCUUACGGGACCGCGACUAGGAUCCUGAAGGAGAAAGUUCAAGCGGACAUACCGCCGGAGAUCUUGAACAACGUGGGUGCGUUGCAUUACAGACUCGGUAACUUGGAGGAAGCCAGGAAGAAUCUAGAGGAAUCCCUGGCGCGUUCGAAAGCGGACGCCCUGCACGAUUCCGUGUAUUAUAAUUCGAUAGCAGUGACCACGACUUACAAUUUAGCGCGGCUCAACGAGGCGUUGUGCGUGUUCGACCGUGCUGAGAAGCUGUACAAAGACAUUUUGAAGGAGCAUCCGAAUUACGUGGACUGCUACUUGCGACUCGGCUGCAUGGCCAGGGACAAGGGGCAGAUAUACGAGGCGUCCGAUUGGUUCAAGGACGCCCUGAGGAUCAAUAACGAGCAUCCGGACGCGUGGUCGCUGUUGGGCAAUUUGCAUCUGGCCAAGAUGGAGUGGGGCCCCGGCCAGAAGAAGUUCGAGAGGAUCCUGAAGAAUCCGACGACCAGCACCGACGCUUACUCCUUGAUAGCGCUGGGAAACAUUUGGCUGCAGACGUUGCAUCAGAGCGGAAAGGACAAGGAACGGGAGAAGCGACAUCAGGAUCGGGCACUGGCCAUGUACAAGCAGGUUCUGAGAAACGACCCGAAGAACAUCUGGGCUGCGAAUGGCAUCGGUGCGGUACUCGCGCAUAAGGGUUGCGUAAACGAAGCCAGAGAUAUAUUUGCUCAAGUGCGCGAGGCAACGGCGGAAUUCUGCGAUGUCUGGCUGAAUAUUGCACAUAUCUACGUGGAGCAGAAACAAUUCGUCAGUGCUAUUCAAAUGUACGAAAAUUGUUUGCGCAAGUUCUACAAGUACCAUCACGUUGAAGUCUUGCAAUAUCUUGGGAGAGCUUAUUUUAAAGCUGGCAAGCUAAAAGAAGCGAAACUGACGUUAUUGAAAGCACGUCGAGUAGCCCCGCAGGAUACCGUCUUACUGUACAAUAUUGCUCUCGUACUCCAACGACUGGCCACGCAAAUUCUUAAAGAUGAAAAAUCGACUUUGACCACCGUACUUCAGGCAGUUCACGAAUUAGGCCUGUCGCACAAAUAUUUCCAGUAUUUGUCAGCGCACGGCGACAGGAUGGAACAGCUGGCUGAAGCUGAAGCCAGAAGGUGUCAGGAUUUGUUGUCGCAAGCGCAGUAUCAUGUCGCUAGAGCUAGAAGGUUGGACGAGGAAGAGAAGAUGUUGAGACGGAAGCAGGAAGAAGAAAGGCAAGCUUUCAAAAUGCGUCAGACGGAAGAGCAACGCAAAUUGGAGGAGAUGCGUCGUCAGAAAGAAGAGGAGAUGUUGCAGAAGCGACAAGAGUACGUGGAGAAAACUAAGAACGCGUUGGUGUUCGGCGAAAUGCCGUCAGAGAAACCCGGAAAGAAGGGCAAGAGACCCCGAACUGACCAGUAUGUCAGUGAUAGCGGAGGGUCCGAGAGGGACGAAGGCGGAAGAGAGGAAGUGCCGAAGGAAAGAAAGCGUAAGAGGAAACCUAGCGGUGAGACUAAGGAGAGGAAGAGCAGAGGUAAAGGCAGACGUAGGAAGGACGCCGGAAGUGGCAAUAGCGGAUCGGAUAGUGAACCGAAACGCAAGCGUGGAAAGACAAACGCGAAGAGGAAAGAGAAACGUAAGGGCGCCGUUGAGACCCUUAAGGGCAAACUCGUUAAAUCGAAAGAAACUAUUUCGACGAGCGAGUCAGACAGCGAUACGGGCGCCCUUAAAAUCGCUAGCGGCGGCGAAAGCGGCAACGAGAACCAACCGCGUAGCAGCCGUCGAAUUGCGUCCGAUUCCGAAGGCUCUCGCGCCUCACGCUCUCGCUCUCGUUCGAAGUCUGGAAGCCGUUCAAGAAGCAGUUCGCGUUCGCGUUCUCGUUCUCGUUCGCGUUCACGUUCGCGUUCGCGUUCGCGUUCACGUUCACGUUCACGUUCACGUUCGCGUUCGCGUUCAGCCUCCCGUUCGCGAUCACGGUCGCGCUCUCGGUCUCGAUCUCGAUCCGUUUCGGGCUCCAGGUCCAGAAGCGUUUCGAGAUCAAGAAGCCGCUCGGCAUCCGGGUCAAGAUCAGGGUCGGCUAAAAGCAGGUCAAGAUCGAGGUCGGGCUCGCGCAAGAGCGGCUCGCGAUCAAGGUCUAACAGCGGCUCGCGAAGAAGUGGAUCAAAGCCAAGAUCAAGAUCGAGUUCGCGAAAGAGCGGUUCUAGGUCGAGGUCACCGAGCGGUUCAAGGAAAGGCGUAUCGCCGUCAAGGUCCCGAUCCAAAAGUGGCUCGCGUUCGGGCUCGGAGGAACGCAAGUCGAGAAGCAAGAGUCGAUCGCGGUCUAAAUCGAAGUCCGUUUCGAGAUCCAAAUCAAGAUCGAGGAGCGGCAGCAGAUCGCGGUCGCGCUCGCGAUCGAAGAGCGGUUCUCGAAGCCGAAGUCCGAGCGGAUCGGCACGAUCUGCGUCCCCGGUAUCUAGAAAAUCGGUGUCGGGAAGCGGCGGUAGCGAUAGCGAGUAAACCGGCCGUUCUUACAGUUGUAAUAUGGUGAAGAAAGAAAAAAAAUUAUACUUAGAUAUGUGUAAAAUAUAAUUUUUAUAAGGAUCCUUUUAUGAAGAUCUUUCAAUGCAAAUAACUUACGAAAAACAUGUUUAAUCACCUCUACUGGAAUUAUUUCUUAGGUAACUUUUAAAAAGUAUUUUGAUAAUAAUGAGAUACAACAUCGCUGGAAGCAGUUUUAUGCUUCUUUUAACAACUUUAAAAUUUUCAUCUAUUCUUGUUUUUCUGAUUUACUGUAUUAUUUUCGGUUACCGUCUGUCAUAUCUCAUCACGUACAAUUUAUAGAAUGUAUCUAUUAACGAAGUAUAUUGGAAGACCAAAUACACUUUAAAGGGGACCUUAACAUACACUCAACUAGGACCUCGAUUUACGUAUGAGUUUAUCGACUUUUUUCUUUGUUGUAAAAAGAUUGUUAUAUUAUUUUCCCCAAUAAUAAUAAUAAUGAUCUAAUAAUAAGUCAGGCGAUAGCUUUGUGUAUUAUUAUAUACUAUAUCAUCAGCACUGCGACGGUAACAAUGUAUGAAAUAUACAAGACAAAAUAUAUAAGAUUGUAUCUAUGAUCAAGUAAGAUAAGUUUUAUAAUACAGUGCUAAAUAAAACAACGAAAUUGCA